CAAUAAUUCAUGGAUAUGUAGGGUCAGAAACGCGAUAACCUUUUGUUAUUGUUUCUAUGCACAUUUAUGUUUGGUUUUUCUCGCUAGCUUUUAUUACUAGCAGUACAAGAUAAGACUAAGAAUCAACCACGUGCUUCACGUUUAUACUUUGUACCUUACCAGGCUACUUACUGAUUGUGUAUAAAUCAAGGUUGUAACCCUUCGAACCAAAAGCACUCAUCCCAGCAAUGGCUUCUUCUUCUUCUUCUACUUUACCUUUAUGCGCCAGUAAAACUCCCUCUUCUUCCUUCACCAACACCAACUCAUCUUUCUUUGCAAAACCCUCUCAGCUUUUCCUUCAUGGAAAACGUAACCAAAAUUUCAAGUUCUCAUGCAAUGCCAACAGUGGCGAGCAUGACAAAAACCUUGACGCUGUUGACAGGAGGAAUGUCCUGUUGGGUUUAGGAGGGCUGUAUGGCGCAGCUAAUCUUGCGCCAUUAGCUACUGCUGCUCCUAUACCACCUCCUGAUCUCAAAUCUUGUAGCAAAGCCCAUAUAAAUGACCAAGAGGAGGUUUCAUACAGUUGUUGCCCCCCUAUCCCAAGUGAUAUGGACAGCGUUCCAUAUUACAAGUUUCCUUCUAUGCCCAAACUCCGUAUUCGGCCUGCUGCUCAUGCUGCUGAUGAGGAGUACAUUGCUAAAUACCAGUUAGCCACUAGUCGAAUGAGGGAACUUGACAAAGACCCAUUUGACCCUCUUGGCUUCAAGCAACAAGCCAAUAUCCAUUGUGCUUAUUGCAACGGUGCUUACAAAAUUGGUGGCAAAGAGUUACAAGUCCAUUUCUCGUGGCUUUUUUUCCCUUUUCAUAGAUGGUACUUGUACUUCUAUGAGAGAAUCUUGGGCUCUUUAAUUAAUGAUCCUACUUUUGGUUUGCCAUAUUGGAACUGGGACCAUCCAAAGGGCAUGCGUAUACCUCCCAUGUUCGAUCGUGAAGGGUCUUCCCUUUACGAUGCAAGACGUAACCAAAGUCACCGUAAUGGAACCAUAAUCGAUCUUGGUUAUUUUGGUACCGAAGUCCAAACAACUCAACUGCAGCAGAUGACUAAUAACUUAACUAUAAUGUAUCGUCAAAUGAUAACUAAUGCUCCUUGCCCGUUGCUCUUCUUUGGUCAGCCUUACCCUCUAGGAACUGAUCCCAGUCCAGGGAUGGGGACUAUUGAAAACAUUCCUCAUACUCCUGUCCACAUCUGGGUUGGUAGUGGUCCUAACGAGAAUAAUGUGCAACACGGUGAGGAUAUGGGUAAUUUUUACUCGGCCGGUUUAGACCCGCUUUUCUAUUCCCAUCACGCCAAUGUGGACCGGAUGUGGUCCGAGUGGAAAGCCUUAGGAGGGAAAAGAAGGGAUCUCACGCACAAAGAUUGGUUGAACUCGGAGUUCUUUUUCUACGAUGAAAACCGCAACCCGUUCCGUGUGAAAGUCCGUGACUGUUUGGACAGUAAGAAAAUGGGCUUCGAUUACGCACCGAUGCCAACCCCAUGGCGUAAUUUUAAGCCAAUAAGGAAGAGCAAUGCAGGGAAGGUGAAUCUAAGUUCAGUUCCGCCAGCAAGCAGGGUGUUCCCACUCUCAAAGCUGGACAGAGCCAUUUCAUUUUCCAUCGAUAGGCCAUCUUCGUCAAGGACUCAACAGGAGAAAAAUGAACAAGAGGAGAUGCUAACGUUCAACAACAUUAAGUAUGACGAUAGCAAGUAUAUAAGGUUCGAUGUGUUCCUCAACGUGGACAAGACUGUGAAUGCGGACGAGCUUGACAAGGCGGAGUAUGCGGGGAGUUACACCAGCUUGCCACAUGUUCAUGGAGAUAAUGCCUCUCAUGUUACCUCUGUAACAUUCCAGUUGGCCAUCACUGAACUGUUGGAGGAUAUUGGGUUGGAAGAUGAAGACACUAUUGCGGUAACUGUGGUUCCAAAGACAGGUGGCGAAGAGAUCUCCAUUGAAGGUGUUGAGAUUAAGCUUGUCGAUUGUUAAAUUAAACCUCGUGGAUAUGGUUCCAAAUUAUCUGAACGCAGUGUGUGCACUUUUGUUGUUAGAAUCAUCAGCUAGAUUGCCUACUGUAUUUCUAGCUGUUAAUCUGGAAUAAAUAAUGUUUUCCUUUCCUGGCAACUUUUUGUGUCA